CUUUUCUCUUCCGUGUUUAGGGACAGCAGGAUGAACUCCUCUCAGGGGACCGUGGGCAGCGAUCCGGUGAUCCUCGCUACCGCCGGAUAUGAUCACACCGUACGCUUUUGGCAAGCUCACAGCGGCAUCUGUACCCGCACAGUGCAGCACCAAGACUCUCAAGUGAAUGCUCUUGAGGUUACUCCAGACCGGAGCAUGAUAGCCGCUGCAGGCUAUCAGCACAUCCGCAUGUACGAUUUGAACUCUAACAACCCCAAUCCUGUCAUCAACUACGAUGGAGUCAGCAAGAACAUCACCUCUGUGGGAUUCCAUGAGGACGGCCGCUGGAUGUACACCGGAGGAGAAGACUGCAUGGCGAGGAUUUGGGACCUGAGAUCUCGGAAUCUCCAGUGUCAGCGAAUCUUCCAGGUGAACGCACCCAUCAACUGCGUCUUUCUUCACCCCAACCAGGCUGAGCUGAUCGUUGGAGACCAGAGCGGAGCCAUUCACAUCUGGGACCUAAAAACCGACCAGAACGAGCAGCUUAUUCCAGAGCCUGAUGUCGCCGUCAACUCGGUCCACAUCGAUCCUGAUGCCAGUUACAUGGCAGCUGUGAACAGCUCGGGAAACUGCUUUGUUUGGAACCUGACAGGAGGCCUUGGAGAAGAUCUAACCCAACUAAUCCCCAAAACCAAAAUCCCAGCUCACAAGCGCUGCUCCAUGAAGUGUAAAUUUAGUCCGGACUCCACACUGCUGGCCACCUGCUCUGCGGACCAAACAUGCAAGAUCUGGAGGACCUCAAACUUUUCCCUAAUGACCGAGUUGAGUAUUAAAAGCAGUAACCCCGGCGAGACCUCGCGGGGCUGGAUGUGGGACUGUGCCUUCUCCGGGGACUCCCAGUAUAUCGUCACAGCAUCUUCUGACAACCUGGCCCGGUUGUGGUGCGUCGAGACCGGCGAAAUCAAGCGGGAGUAUAGCGGACACCAGAAGGCGGUGGUGUGUCUGGCCUUUAAUGACAGCGUGCUGGGGUAAAAGUGCCGGUCAGGUGCUUCCUUCGGACAUUUCUGCUGCCCUGCUCCGGGCAGAGCGAAUGAGUCUCAGGACGCAAAGUGCUCGUGUCCAUAAAAACACGAGGCUCUGAAGGCGUCCGUUGUACAGUCAGUAAAUAUAGUAAAUAGAACAGAGCGGCGAGUGGCGCGGGGUAGGUCCAAGCGCCAUUUCUGAUUAGGUGUCCUUAACGCAGGUUAAUUUGCACGCGUCUGGUCCCCGCAUUGUUAUAAAUGUGUUUUGGGUAUCUGACAGCUCUGUGUGAGGAUGAUGGGUGAGGAUAAGUCCUGUUUGUGAAAUCAAGUUUAAUAAAACCGUUAUAUAUGGGGAAAAA